AUGGGUUGGCGCCAAUAUAGCACACCUAUCCUCACCUUCACCUUGUUCACCAUCCUCAUCAUCCUUCCCUCCGAGGCCCAGCCGAAGCCGAAACCACAGCAACCGGGGCCUCAACCGCAGCAGCCGAAACCCCAACAACCGGGACCCCUGCCGCAGCAACCGAAACCCCAGCAACCGGGACCCUUACCACAGCAGCCGGCAGCCGUAUUGCAGCAGCCGGGGCCUCAGCAACCAGGUCCGCAGCAGGAUGAUGGCUUAACUCUAGGGUUUUACGCAAAGACUUGCCCCAAGGUUGAGAACAUUGUCGCUGAUACUGUGAAACGUGCUCAGCAGAAAGAUCCCAAGCUUCCUGCUGCCUUCAUCCGCCUCUUGUUCCAUGAUUGUUGGAUCAAGGGUUGUGAUGCCUCAAUCCUAUUGGAUUCCUCACUGAAUGGUAAGGGGGCUACAGAGAAAAUGAAUGAUGCCAAUGGUUUAACAAUAAGAGGUCUUGAGGUUAUUGAUGAGAUCAAGACCCAGCUCGAGAAGGAAUGCCCAAAAACUGUGACAUGCGCUGACAUAAUUGCAUUUGCUGCUCGGGAAGCCGUUAUACUUGCCGGCUUACCACGUUAUGAUGUCGUUGCCGGUCGCUAUGACAGUCCGUAUUCACGUGCACCUGAUGCCGAUAAUCUCCCUGUUCCUAAGGAUAAACUUGAUGACAUUAUACACGAGUUUGCUGUGAGAAAAUUAUCAUUAGAAGAUCUGGUUGUCUUGUCUGGUGCACACUCCAUCGGACGAUCACAAUGUACCAGAUUUUCAGAAAGACUAUACACGUUUAAGCCAGGUGUGCCCAGAGACCCUGACAUGGACCCAGCCUUUGCUGAUGAGCUAGCCAAAAAGUGCCCGGCACAGGUGCCUAAGGGGAAAGAAAUAGAAUUCAUGGUGGACUUUGAUCCCACAUCACCUCUGAAACUCGACGUUCAGUACUAUUUGAACCUGCAGAAAAAGAAGGGCUUGCUUGCAACGGAUCAGGUGCUGGCCACUGAUCCCCGCACCUCAGGGAUUGUGAACAAAAUGGCUGCUGAUCCUCAAGGUUGGGGAAAGAAGUUUAUCGAUGCCAUGGCCAGGUUGGGGAGAGUAAAUACUCUCAAAAAAGAUGAAGGACAGAUAAGGGUAAACUGUCGGGCGCCCAUUGGAUAA